UCUUCAUGGCAACAUACGCUCCGCCCAUUCCGCGACACCAAGCUCUCGCGAGAGUUGGAUGUGUUAGCAAGAUGGCGGCGGGACGUUGUGAGCGGUGUUGACGGGGAGCAGUCAGGAGGACGGCGGCCAUCAGAGACGUCAAACGGUACUAAGUGAACGCAGGCCUAACCCAACUCAACCCAGUCUAGUCCGGCCCGGUCUAGUCCAGUUCAGUGUGCAGGUGUCCUUCGGACUGCUGUCGCCUUUGCUACUCUGAGAUGAGCCGAGGAGUCGGGAACCGGCCGGGAGGGUGAUUCGUCGCUUCAUUCGCCGGCCUGGAGGGUACACGACGUGAAGGGGAGGAUGAACCUUCAUCAGGUCUUAACUGGUGCCGUUAAUCCCGGUGACAGCUGCUUCUCGGUGGGCAACGUCGGCGAUGAACCGUUCACGGAUCUACUUCAAACGUUGGUCUUUGUCAAAAGAGUGAACUUGAAGUGGUCCUUGGCAGCGUGUUCCUCUUUUGCUCAAAAGUGUCUUCGUACGUGACAAGACAGAUGUUAGCUAGUCAUCCAAGUGUCUAGCUCCUGUUGAUAAUAAAAGAUGGAACUUUUUUGAAUGAAGCUUAUCAAUCUACCUAGGCAAAAUUAAAUACUGUGGGUAUAGAAUGUCCAGUGCUGCAGAUACUCAGCAGGUCAGUCAAUCCCUGUACAGAAAAAUGGAGUCCAUGUUUCAGGCUUAUGCUUCAGGAUGUGAUGUCGUGAUUUUAGCCAGUGAUUUUGAAAGACUUCAGAUUAUUCCUGGGGCUAAACAUGGAAAUAUCCAAGUUGGAUGUGUUGAUUGCUCCAUGCAUCAGGGAAAGAUCGCAGCAUCGUAUGGACAUGUAAUCUGCAUUUUUGAGCCCAUUGCACUUUUAAAUCAGAAAACUAAGGCUUCUAUGCAGCUUAAUUAUCAAUGGCAGAAGAGUGGACAGUUUGCACUGGAGUCAGUGGUACAUAACUUAGCAUGGGAUCCGCAAGGAAUUCGUCUCUUGACGGGUUCCAAUUCUUUACAGCUUUGGUCCAAUGGAAAUCAGGAAGCUAAUAUUAAUGACGAGGAAACUGCAGAUGAGACAGAUCCAAGUAAAGUUGGUGAUUGGACAUGCAUCUGGGAGUCUAAAACUGCAUCCCCUAUCCAUCUAUUAACGGUGUCUCCAGAUGGUGAAUUUUUUGCAACAGUGGGAAAGGAUGACUGUCUUGUGAAAGUGUGGUAUAAUUCCAGCAGUUGGCAGUCAGCAAUAAUGGCACCAGCCACAUCAAUGGACAAGCGAGAAGGAGAUAUCGAUUUUUCUUUUAUAUAUUUAGCCCAUCCUAGAGCUGUUACUGGAUUUUCUUGGCGGAAGACCAGCAAGUACAUGCCAAGCAGGGGUCUCACGUGUAAUGUUCUGUUGACCUGUUGCAAGGACAAUGUGUGUCGGUUAUGGGCAGAGACUUUACUUCCAAGCGAUACUUUGCUUUCUGGAGAAGGCCACACUCAGUGGUCUGAAUCUGUCUUCUCAACCAACAACCUGAAGAGGAACGCUUCCAAUCGGGAAAAGCUGAAUAUCAGAUCCUUUCGUAUAGGGAGGAGGAGAUCGUCUGGUCUUAUUGCACACAGUGGAUAUUUACCCCAUCAGCAGGAUGCACAUGAAGUUCAUAGAAAUUCACCUCUACAUGCGAAUUCACUCUGCCACUUUCACAUAGCAGCCAGUAUUAAUCCAGCAACAGACAUUCCACUGCUGCCUUCCAUCACUUCAUUGAGUUUGAGUGAAAAUGAAGAAACUAAUGGACCUUUUGUUGUUCAUUGGCUAAACAACAAGGAAUUGCAUUUUACCUUAUCAAUGGAGGUCUUUUUACAGCAGUUACGAAGGAACUUGGAGCAGCAAUCUCCAGAAUCUGUAGCAGAUGAUGGACAAAUGGCUGGCAAAUCUGAUGAUGAAAUAGACGAAAACAGUGAAUAUCGCAAAGGAUUUAUGCAAUCUGUACAUUCAGACAGAAGUAAUGGAGAAAAGACCUCAUCGGCUGUCAUGAUUGAUCAUAAAAUUGAAAUGCUGUUGGCAGAAUGGAACAAGAAUGCAGACAUGCUCUUUAGUAUCCACCCAAUGGAUGGAUCCCUACUGGUGUGGCAUGUUGAUUGGCUUGAUGAAUAUCAGCCCGGGAUGUUUCGACAAGUGCAGGUUUCAUUUGCCUCGAGAAUUCCUGUGGCAUUCCCCACUGGAGAUGCAAACUCUCUCAGCAAGAGUAUUGUUAUGUAUGCCUGUACAAAAAAUGUAGAUCUUGCUAUUCAACAAGGAAAACUGAAGCCACCAGGCAUGACACAUUCCACGUCUGGCAUGUUAAUCUCUGCUGGCCAAAAUAAAUCAUCUGGUAGUUUAAAAUUGAGCAUCUUCACACCUAAUGUACUCAUGAUCUCAAAACAUGCAGAUGGAUCCUUGAAUCAAUGGGCUGUCAGUUUUGCAGAAGAAUCUGCAUUUUCAACUGUCCUUGGUGUAUCUCACAAAUCACGUUACUGUGGUCACCGCUUUCAUCUCAAUGAUUUAGCUUGCCAUUCAGUUUUGCCAUUACUGCUGACUACAUCCUACCACAAUGCAAUACGGACGCCAGAUGAUGGAAAUCUGCAUAACGAAAGCAGGAAUUUUCAAACUUCACAAUGCCAUAGUUCAAUGUCAAGAAAUAAAAGGGACAUUGGUACAGCUGCAGCAUUCCAGGAUUCCAAUGCAAUAUACAGUGAACUAAUUCUUUGGCGAGUAGAUCCAGUUGGGCCAUUGUCGUAUUCUGGUGGGGUGUCGGAGUUAGCCAGAAUCCAUUCUCUCCAUGUUUCAGCCUUUUCAAAUGUGGCUUGGCUGCCAACUUUAAUCCCAAGUUACUGUCUAGGCGCAUAUUGCAAUUCUCCUAGUGCUUGCUUUGUGGCAAGUGAUGGUCAUUACUUGAGAUUAUAUCAAGCUGUUAUUGAUGCUAAAAAGAUUUUAAGUGAGCUUUCCAAUCCAGAAAUCGCUAGAUUUGUUGGAGAGGUUUUCAAUAUUGUAAGCCAGCAGUCAACAGCAAGACCAGGCUGCAUAAUAGAACUGGAUGCAAUCACUGAGCUUUAUGGGAAAGAGACUCAGUUACUUCACGUCUUUAAGGAGGAUUUUAUAUUCGUUCAUCAACCCACGAAAAUGCAGCAAAAGGGAAGACAGACUUCCACUGAAAACAGUCCUCAACAGGAAGCAGAAGAACCACAUGAUGACUUUUCAGAAAAGUUCUUUUUGGUGGUCAUUGAACAUAAGCAGAACAAUCGCUCAGUAUUGCAUAUGUGGCACUUACACCUGAAAUCGGAUCCAAUAUCUGUUGAUCAUGCUACUGAAACUCCUUUGUCGCCUCCAGAGGAACAGAAUUGUUUUACCUCUGAGAAGUUGCAUUCUCCUUUCUUCAAAAAAUACCAGGCUUGUAAAGCAAAUUUGCAAAGUGCCAGUCGAUUAGCUUUGAACUCAAAAAGAGUUUAUAGCCAAGAAUUAGCUCUGCCAGAGGGCGUGGAAAUCAUUAGAGCUACUCCUUCUGCAGGGCACCUGAGUUCUUCUUCAGUUCAUCCAGCCUGCCUUGCUCCAUAUCUUCUAGCGACUUCUUGCUCAGAUGGAAAAGUCAGAUUCUGGCGAUGUCAAGUGUCAGCUCAUUCAGCAUCAUCUGCAGCUGGGGAUAGCUUGGAGAGUAAAUUUUCCUGUUGUUGGGAAGAAUGGCCUUUACUGAUUGAGGGAGGACUUGUGAACAGCAGUGCUGUGAGUGUACCAGGAAGACCAGUCGAUGUAAGCUGUUCUUACACAAGCCGACUUGCUGUGGCUUACAAACAGUCGAAACCAGUUAACGAACAUUCCAAUAAACACUUCACCAUGCAUGUGGGUAUAUUUGAAUGUGAAUCAACAGGAGGUUCACAAUGGAUUCUUGAACAGACAAUCCACCUGGACGACUUGAGUCACGCAGGUGCCAUAUUGGACCCAAGAAUCAGUAUUGACAGUAACUUAGUGAUUUACAAUAAGCAAGAAUCACAUUUGACUGAUCAUGAAAUGACUUUCGAAGCAAAACCUUUGGUUCACUUAGAUUGGGUUUCCAAGGAGGAUGGAUCUCAUAUCUUAACGAUAGGAAUUGGAUCUAAACUUCUGAUGUACGGACAGGUUUCUGGAAUGAUACAAAGUCAAACCAAGAAAGAAGCACCAGCAGUUUUAUCUUUGUCUUUGUGGGAUAAUGCCAAAGAAGUAUCUCAGUCUAGAUGGGUGCUUCUCAGAAGUGUGGAUUUGGUUUCUUCUGUGGACGGAUCAUUGUCAUUGCCAGUUUCACUUUCAUGGGUGCGUGAUGGAAUCCUCGUGGUGGGGAUGGAUUGUGAAAUGCAUGUUUAUUCACAAUGGCAACCACAUGACAAAUUGGACCCCGUGAUAACUGAAGCUGAAAGUGGUAGUACUCCUUCAGUGGUUAGCCUGGCAAAAUAUGGCACUGCGAAUGGUUCCAACCCUUACCUGUACAAAAAAAACCUGACCAGGUCAAUGACUGGGCUUGCUCAGAAAUUUGGUGGCAAAAAGAUAGCAUUUCAAUGGAAUACUGAAAUGGAGGACUCGGGCCUUUUUGAAGCGUCUCAUGAUUUGUCUCCUACUCUGCCUCAGUACCAUCCUUUGCAGCUUUUGGAGUUAAUGGACUUGGGAAAAAUCAGACGGUCCAAAGCCAUCCUGUCUCAUUUAGUCAAAUGUAUAGCUGGAGAAGUAAUCACUGUAAAUGAUGCUGAAACAAGCCACGAACGACGACUCAGAUCUCUGACAAUUAGUGCAAGUGGUAGCACAGCAAGAGAUCCAUUAACAACAAAUAAAGGUGAAAAUCCUGACUAUACAGAAAUAGACUCUAUCCCCCCUCUUCCUCUGUGUGCACUUUUAGCUGCUGAUGAAGAUAUUUCUCAUACCACUUUUGAAAAAUCAAGCAAAUUACCUAAUAGCAGCAAGAAGAUCUGCAGACAGUCAACAGGAAGCAAUUAUGAUGAAUUAUUUGCAACGUCCAACCUCAGUACAGAUUUACUUGAUAGCUUCAGUGUAGGUGAUGACAAUGAACCGAAGAUUAUUGACCUUUCCCAGUACAGUCUUACCUACUUUGGUCCUGAGCACGCUCGAGUACUUUCUAGUCAUUUGCUGCAUUCCAGUCUGCCUGGUCUUACCAGUAUGGAGCAAAUGUUUUUAAUGGCUUUGGCAGAUACAGUGGCAACUAUCAGCACUGAUAUUGGAGAGAGCAGAGAGAGAACCCAAGGUGGAGAGACCCUUGAUGAAUGUGGAUUGAGAUUUCUUUUAGCCAUGCGGCUCCAUACAUUCCUAUUAACAUCACUACCUCCAGUCUAUCGAGCACAACUUCUUCAUCAAGGUUUAUCUACUUGUCAUUUUGCCUGGGCCUUUCAUUCGGAGGCAGAGGAAGAGCUGCUAAACAUGAUCCCUGCAAUGCAAAGAGGAGAUCCUCACUGGUCUGAACUUAGAGCAAUGGGGGUAGGCUGGUGGGUGCGCAGCACAAACAUUCUACGCAGGUGUAUAGAAAAGGUUGCUAAAGCUGCAUUCCAGAGAAAUAACGAUCCUUUAGAAGCAGCUAUAUUUUACCUUGCUAUGAAGAAAAAGGCAGUAUUAUGGGGCCUGUUCAGAUCUCUCCAGGAUAAAAAAAUGACUGAGUUUUUUGGAAAAAAUUUCAGUGACGAUAGAUGGAGGAAAGCUGCAUUGAAGAAUGCCUUCGCAUUGUUAGGUAAACAACGAUUUGAGCAGUCAGCAGCUUUCUUCCUUUUGGCUGGUUCCCUUAAGGAUGCUGUUGAGGUUUGUCUCGAAAGACUUCAUGAUGUUCAGUUAGCUCUUGUAAUAGCACGCUUAUAUGAAUCAGAAUUUGAAGUGUCGUUCACUUACAAGUCUAUACUUGUCAGAAGAAUCCUGGGAUAUGAUAUAAAGAGCAAAGACUUUAACCUUUCUCUAAGAAAUUCUGAUUCUGUAUUGCGGAGUAUGGCGUAUUGGAUAUUAGAAGAUUACACCAACUCUCUGAACACUCUGUUGGAAGAGGGGAUGAAAGAAAAUGAUAAUUCCAGUGUGACAGAACACAGCAAGUCUACUUCAUGCAACCCUGGGGUAUUUAAUUUCUACAACUAUUUGCGAACCCAUCCACUCUUGUUGCGACGACACUUUGCUUCUUCAGAGAAGACAAUGUCACAGAUGGGUUUAACAGUGGAAAGUGGUCUGGCAGAUAAGAUCAGUUUAGCUGAAAGAAAGUUGUUCUUUGCAACUGCAAAUGCACACUUUAAAGCCGGUUGCCCAAUGUUAGCGCUCGAAGUUUUGUCUAAGAUGCCAGCAGUCACCAUGAAACCAAAGAAUUUACAGAGUGAAACAAGCUCUUACUUGACAGUUAAUUUUUCAUCUGAAGAAUCUAAACGUAGAGUUUUGGAUUGUGAUUGCUCGUCAUCAAUAGUCAACGGUUUGGGAUCAAAAGUUCCAUCUGAUUGGCUGUCACACGGACAAUCCACUUCAUCUUUUAGUUUUGAUUGGAGUCAGUCAUCUCUAACUUUUGAAGAACAGCCAUUGGAAUUAAAAUGGGAUAGUGAUAAGGACGAUGAAGAGGAGGAGAUUGGCCUGUCAAUGAAGGAAAUAAAUCCAUCAUGUUCCACUACUGCAAAGAUUGAAGGAGAAAGUUACUGUAAUUUCUCAAGUUCAGCUGAUGAUUUUUUAAAUCCAUCAGAAGAUGUCAUCGCAGCACAAUUAAAAUUUGGAGCUUGUUUGAAGAUACUUACUACAGAGCUGCGUACGUUGUCUACUGGAUAUGAGGUUGAUGGUGGAAAACUCCGCUUCCAACUGUACAAAUGGCUUGAGAGAGAAAUUAUAGCCCUACAGAAAACAUGUAAUUACAAUGUUGAUCUUGAAGCUAUCAAAGAUAGUUUUGAAGUUCCUGACAGUGAACAGGCAGAAAAUGGCAUAGUUGACCAACAAAAGCCAUUACAUCAGCAAGAGUACUUGCAGCGUAGGAGACUGUGGCUUCUGCAAAAUCAACCACUCCUAAGGAUGUUUCUUAGUUAUUGUAGUCUCCAUGGGUCUCAUGGUGGAGGCCUGGCGUCAGUCAGGAUGGAGUUGAUCCUCCUUUUACAGGAGUCACAGCAGGAGCAUUCAGUGAAACAGGUCACAAGCCCUUUCAUGCAACUUGCAUCGGUACCCCUCCUGUUUGCCUGCACUGCAAGUGCCAAAACUGUGGUGGCUAACCCUAGACUCCAUCUGAGCAACCUUACCCAGGACAUUGUGCAUACUAUUGUAGAAUUUGAUUCUCCUCCACAUCCAGACAUGCGAAAUAACAAGAUCUAUGUAAUGCAUACUGUAGCAGCUUCUCUGUCUGCAUGCCUGUAUCAAUGCCUUUGUGAUGGCCAUAGUUACAGUUCUUCAUAUGCAAACCAGUUCACUGGGAUGGUAUACCAGAGUUUUCUGUUUGCGCAGCAGCGUUCAAACAGAGCAGCAAGUUUAGAUGGCACAGUAACUCCCAACACUUCCCCAGAACAAUGGCCAGGUAUAAAGGAGCUUAUUCAUCUCUUGAAUUCUGCUGGAGAUGAGGAUAAACCCAAAUUGACAGUCCUACUUUGUGAGGUAUUGACAGCGGUUUACCUUAGUCUUUUUGCUCAUGGCUUGGGAACGCACUCCAGCAAUGAGCUCUUCCGCCUUGUAGCUCAUCCCCUCAAUAGCAAAAUGUGGGCUGCAGUUUUUGGGGGAGGUGCCCAGCAACCUCUGAAGAACCAAGUCCAACCUAAGCCUGUAACAGGAAGGUGGUUACCUGAGCAUAGUCAACAGCAAAUAGUAAUGUACUCCGUGGAUUGUGUGGGGUUUUCAAAAGCUCUUGCCACCAUCAAUUCUGCGUGUUCUGGAAGUGCAGCAGAGGUGGAAACAAUAGAAGAGUUGCCUGAUCCAGAGCUGAAACUUGAAACUUCUCAUGUCCAUAUAUCUGGCGCUGAAAUAGUUGAGGUUACUGGUGAGGUUGAAGGUGGUACUCCUGAAGAGCAUCACAAUCGUUUCAAGGGCACAGAUUCAAAAGCAACCAACAGAGAAGCACCCUGUCAUAAUUCUUCUUUUCCAGUUGUCAGUCAGGACAUUCCAGUCUGUAAGGAGAAGUUUAUCCCUCCUGAACUUAGCAUCUGGGAUUACUUUAUAGCAAAGCCCUUCCUUCCCACAGUACAGAGCAAAUUUGAGUAUGAUUCAGAGGAAAGUCAGGACAGUGAUGAUGAGGAAGAUGCUUUUGCUUCAGACACACAGCUUCAGGAGCAUUCAAAUCCUAACUCGUUCAGCUGGUCAUUGAUGCGAUAUGCUAUGGUACAGUUGGUGCUUCAUAAUUUGAAGAAGUUUUACCCAAUGGCAGGGCUGGAUCUUUCAGAGCUCCCAGUUUGUUCCCCUUCUUGCCAUGCAAUUUUAAAAACUCUUCAACGCUGGGAACAAGUGUUACUUCGGCGCCUUGAAUUAUUUGGUGGACCUCCUCAAGAUUUCAUCUCAAUGCAUGCCACUGAAGGCACAGUGUCUUCAGGCCCUGCUCUUCUCAUUCAUAAAGCAUUGCUGGAACCCACCAAUACCCCAUUCAAGUCAAAACACCACACCGCUCUUCCUGUUAAAAGACUUUGGCAAUUCCUUGUGAAACAGGAAGAAGUACAAGAGAUUUUCAUCCGAAAUAUUUUCACAAAAAAGAGAUGUCAAAAUGAGGUGGAAGCUGAUUCUGGUUAUCCUGGUGGAAGAGCAAGAAUCGUGCAUAAAGAAUCUGACAUCAUUACAGCAUUUGCAAUUAAUAAAGCUAAUCGGAACUGUGUUGCCAUCGCCACAAGUCAUGAUAUCCAGGAGCUAGAUGUGUCUGCAAUCCUGGCUACCCAGAUCUACACUUGGGUUGAAGAUGAGUUUGAACUGGAAUCAAAAGGAUCUGAUGAGUUUCUGGUUGUUCAUGCAAGAGAUGAUUUUGGUGAUUUGCAGUGCAGUACACCCUAUACUCCCAGUGUUCCUGGCACUCCAAUAAAUAUGCCAUGGCUAGGCAGCAUGCAGACUGGCAGAGGGGCAUCUGUGAUGAUCAAGAGGAAUAUGAACAAUGCCAGAAGAAUGGCUUCACAUCCAACACUACCUUAUUAUCUAACUGGUGCUCAAGAUGGUAGUGUUCGAAUGUUUGAAUGGGGUCACUCUCAUCAACUAGCAUGCUUUCGACCUUCUGGCAGCUCCAGGAUAACGAGAAUACGAUUUAAUCAUCAGGGUAAUAAGUUUGGAAUUGUUGAUGGCGAUGGAUUCCUGAGCUUCUGGCAAACAAGUCCAAUUGCUUUAGGAGCUACACCAAAACCUUACCUGACCUGGCAGUGCCAUAACAAAACUGCAAAUGAUUUUGUUUUUGUUAGUUCCUCUACUUUAAUAGCAACAGCCGGACAGUCUACUGACAACAGGAAUAUCUGCCUCUGGGAUACGCUUGUGCCACAAACCAAUAGUCUAGUUCACGCUUUCACCUGUCAUGAUAGUGGAGCCACUGUUUUGGCAUAUGUAUCAAAGCAGCAACUUUUGGUGUCCGGUGGAAGAAAGGGUUACGUUUGUAUAUUUGAUCUACGUCAGCGACUGCUGCGUCAAACCUUUCAGGCUCAUGAUUCACCUAUAAAGGCAAUUGCUUUAGAUCCAGCAGAAGAAUACUUCAUUACAGGGUCUGCUGAGGGUAAUAUGAAGGUUUGGAGUUUGUCUACUCACAACCUGAUUCACACAUUCUCAAACGAGCAUGCUCGACAGUCACUCUUCAGAAACAUAGGAACGGGAGUCAUGCAAAUCGAAACUGGUCCAGCAAAUCACAUGUUCUCGUGUGGAGCUGAUGGAACAAUGAAGAUGCGAAUCCUGCCAGAUCGUUUUAGCGCAGGAAGUGGAAAGUUAGAUAUCUGGCAAAAUGAUGUUAGAUUUAUACUAUGAUAAUAGUAUUGUUACAGAGCCCUUUGACUCAAUACAUAAUAUAUUUUAGUAGAUCUGCAUUUGUGUUAAGAGAACACUGGUGAAAACAUGGAAAUGUAUAUUGAGCUGAAAUCGAGUUUAUUAAUCCUUAAUGCACUGAUGCCUUAAGAUUGUAAGCUUAAGAAUUUUGUUAAUUAAAACUAGGAAUUAUUGAAUCUAAGUGUGUCAAAACGUAUGAAUGAAGUAAUUUUAUUGUACAAUAAGAAAUAUGUUGCUGCUACAAGAAAGCUUUUCUCUAUUGAUACAGGUGCCGGUAUUUUUUUUGAAGUGUCAAAAUGUACAGCGCUUUCGAGAAUAAAAUAGUACACGAUACAAUAAUUAUCUUUUUUAUGCUUGUAUUAAGAGUUUGUAUACAAUGAAGUUAUCAUUUGAACUGUGAGCAUUCCUUUUUUUUUUGGCCUUCGGACACCCCUGAAAUACAAGCUAUUAAUACUUAGUUUUGCUUAAACUCUUCAAACAAGAGAAUGUAGCUGGUGUUCCAGGAGUUUGUGGCAACAGAAUUAAAAACAAACUUGCACAGCAUUUUACAACAAAAUGGAAAAUGAAAUGUUUAUUUAAAAAAAACUUCAUUUUGAACUAGAUCUGUAAAUAUAACCCACAAAAGCUUAAAUGGUUCUUCCACUAAGACAGUAACAUCAAAAUUAAUUAUCCUUUUUGUGCGUAAAUGCGUACAGCCAUGGGGAACAAUAAGAAGUAACCCUUACUGCCAGUGUCACUUUGUCAGUCUAAUAAUGGAUGUACUGUAUUGCAGUCCCGUCAAGAUUACUCAGUAUCUAAUUUAAUAAUCAAUAACCCAUGACGUGGAGAAAUCAUGGACAAAAAGCUCUAUCCUGUACUGUGCUGAUGCGACAGUAAAUGGUUUUAAAACAUUAUCUGACCUUAACAAUGUAAUUAAAACUUCACUAUAACAAUGUUAGAAAAUAUUUGAAUGCUGCAGUGAGGCAGUAAAUUCAACAUGGACAGUUAUCUUAGACAUUCUCAGAUGGAAAAGAUUAAUGAUAUGCAGAGUUUUUCUGUUUUUCAAAAAAGAUAUUUUGUAUGAUUAAAUGUCUAAAUGCAAUACUUGAUUUAAAAUAAUCCAAAGCAAACUAAUGGCUUUUCUUUCUGUCACCAAGAAAUGGUGAAGUAAAAGCUGUAUAUUUAUAAAUUAGAAUUGGUUAUCCAUUGAUAGGAUGACUAAUGCAGAAUGUGUUAAGGAGUAAUCAAAUUUUGAACCAACAUGCUCAACUUCAGCAUUCAAUAUUUACCUCAACAUAUGUUAUGAAUCAUGAUCAGCAUUCCUAUUUAGAAGCACACAGCAUUUCCAUAUUUCUGUUGUUUUAAAUGUUAUUUUUGGAUGUUUCCCAUCACUUCAGUUAGCAAUGAGGGUAGUAUAACAGUUUCCUGUAGACUGACUUUAUCGUCCCAAUGUCAGCUAGAGAGACAUACAGAAAUGAACAUAGAAUUGCCUGGCCAUUUUAUUGGUUUAAUUCCCUUUCCACACAAGGAAUAGCUAUUCUUGCCCACUUUCACUGAUCAAAACUGAGUGAAAUCAGGUAUUCAGCAGAUUGAAAAGCACAAGGCUAAACAUUUAGCUUAUCAAUCUAUUCAAAGUCAAAUGUCAUUGGUCCACCUGUUAACCGGCUGUUUUUGUGCGAGUCUGUUCACUUACUUUAAAAAGGUAAGCACCUUUCAUUUAGACCAGCCAACGGCUCAAUUAAGAUUAGGGAACAGCAAUGGUACUUUAGUCAAACAGCAGCUACUUUUUUACAACAUCCAGGUAUCAAGUAGACUGCAAUACGAAUCCAAACUUGUACAGUUGGAAAACUUCCUCACAUUGCAUCAAAUACUGGAACGGUUAUUACUGCUUUGUGGGAAAGAAAACUUAUUUGCUAUUAUUACAUGCACAGUCAAUAUUGGGAAUAACCAUUCUAUGUGUAAAGAUCAUAAUAGUUCAUUUAUUGUGAAUUGCAUCACCUUUUUCUAUGGGUGUUUAUAACCUGGGUGUAAAACAAAUAAAAUAUUUUAUGGAUUGCUUAGCAGAGAGGAAUAAAAUCAUUAGUUUUUGCAAUGUGUUCACUUUUUAAUACUUAUUUGGCAUAUGCUAGUGUGGAAUAUAAGACUAAGCAUUGUCAAAUGCACAUUCAAUUUAACUGAUCACAGUUUAACGUACCUAUUUAUUUCAUCAAUUAUAUGAAUUCUUGCUUUGCAGUAUCUUACCAAAUAGGCACUAGAUGUAAGCAUUUCCAUUAAUCUUGAUAUGUAUAAAGAGCUUAUUUAGUAGUAUUUUUGUUUGUUAUAUACUCAGGAUGUUUUGUGUUUCCUUUAAAACAUUUAUUUGUACAACUAAUUUUACUGAGUUUGUUUGAGUACAACAAUAGAAAAGAAAAAUAUGGAAGGAAAAAAUCUUUUUAAUUGUGCAAUAAAUGUACUAAUUUUAGAGUUAAGUUUAUGAAAUGCUAUUAGUAAAUCUGAGAAUUUUCUUCUUUACACUUUCUAUGGAAUAUUCUGUAAUUGAUUUCAAAGAAAACUGCACUUGUUAAUCAUCGUCAAUGACUUCAAAUUGCCCAAAGUUUUUAGAUUCAGCACCUUCCACAAGUGAGAAUUAGCCUUCUGAUUUGAAUUAUAAUGAAAAAAAUACGUAACCCCAUCUUUAAAAUUACUGGUGCUCAGCUUCUCUUACAUGUUGGCCGUACUGACUUUUCAAACAAAAUUGUCAAUUGUGUUGUACGUAAAUAAUUGUUUCAAUAAAACAGCUGCAGAAACAAGGAAAA